AGUCGGACGACGUACGGGUACUAUUAUUUGCCGUACGGGUAUAUUUAUGAAGAGUCGGAGAGCUGCACACAGCUGUUGCUACUGAGUCAUACGUCACACGCCAUGGAUUUCGCCGGGUUCUUGGUGCUUUUCGUGGUGGCCUCGACACUGACCUCGAAUUGCGAGACCCACGACUCUAGGGAAUCGUACGGAUCUCGAUUUCAAUACUCUUCAUCCAACUGCCCCACAUCCAUGCGUAUGUGCCACGUAAAUGGAAGCUACGUUUACUGUGCCGAGAUGGCUCCGGAAAAGGAAAAGGAAAGUGACCUGAUCUAUUGCACCUCUAUGUUCUGCGAACCGGAGGAAUUCCAGCACGAUUACAUCACGCGCAACCAUGAUCAAACACCUCAUCAGAACAAGUGGAAAAGAGCCCGAACUGGUGAACGUGCCACUCUGCACGACGUCUGUCUCCUGAGAAACGGAAUGCCCGUAACCAGACGCUGUCUUUGGGACAACUUCCGAGCGCGAUGGGAGUCUUUGGAGGAGCACCCACCAGUCGUCUGUCUGCGGCACUUUAGGGAACCCACGAUCAGCGGUGACUUGAACAGCCUGCACGAUGACGUGCUGGAGGGCAGGAGGCGCACCAAUGACACCCAGGGACGUCGCGAGAUGACCGGAAUGAUGAGGACAAUGUUCCGUCAGCGGAAGAGGACUCUCCUGCCCGCCGAUAUCCACGUAACUGGCCAGAUGUUUGGUACUUUAAUGCAGCAGGAGAAGGAUGCCUCUGUGAGCGUGGACUUGGUCAGUGUCUGCAAGGAGAUAAUGUCUAGCGACACCCAGGUGUUGCGUCUAUCCGCCGAGCUGAAUGCCACCAACUCGCUGCUGAGCAACUUUGAGAGCUACAUGGAUGCGUUGCCGGGACAAAUGGUUCCCACCGAUAGAUGUGGAAAGGUGGUCCCCAAUCCAACCAGCGAUGCCACUACCACAGCCACGACUGGCGUGGAAACCUACAACUUCUCCGAUAUCGGAGUCCAAGUAUUGAUAACAGGCAAUCUUAGUGUUUUCUUCGCAAAUCCCGGAUGCGAUGGGAUUACUGGCAUAGCCAUCUACUCUGCUCAAGCGGAUGGUAGGAGGUCUUCCUCUGGCGGAUUCUGGUAUCGCUUCCUACGUUCCACCGAUGACUUGAAGAAGGUCAAGGCAGAGACCCACCUGGAGACGGCGGCCUUUCUUCCUGAGAAUCUUUGGCAAGCGGUGAAAGCCAAGGGAGUAACUUACUUAAUCUUCAAGGUCUACGCCCACGACGCUCUCUUUGUGGAAACCUCAAGGGAUCGCAGUCGCAAGCCUCGAAGCAAAGUAAUCUCCAUUUCCAUACCGGAACUUGAGGAUAAAUCCCUUCCUUUGCCUUUGCCAUUUCUGCUUCGCAAUGAGAACCUUCGCGAUCCCGAUGUGAGGUCCAUUAACCUGGGCACUGGCUGCGGUUUCUGGAACUACAAGACCUGGAGCAGCGAAGGAGUGACCACCAGCAGCAGCUCGGACCUGCUGAGGGAUACCAUCAUCGAGUGCCACACCCAACACCUCACCCAGUUCGCCUUUCUGGUGGGUGGUAGCUAUCGUACAAACGACCUUGGAGAAGAGGUCCUAAUAACGCCGCUGAACGAGCGCGUCCUCGACAUCAUCUCGAUCGUGGGCUGCAGCAUGUCGCUUCUGGGAAUCUUUGGUAUCUUUCUCACGGCCGCAGUCUUCAAGAGCUGGCGCAGUCAGGCCUCCACGAAGGUGCUCCUGCACCUGUGCCUGGCCAUGUGCCUGCAGAUGGUGCUCUUCGUGUUUCUCAACACGGAUGAUAUAUCGGAGCAGCUGGUGGUCAAUGGCGAUACCAAGCGCUGUGUGGCUCUAGGCGCAGCUUUGCAGUACUCCAUCCUGGUGCUCUUCAGCUGGAUGCUAAUCAUUGCCUUCCUGCAGUUCCAGCGAUACGUGACCGUCAUAGGCAUCGAGAGGCCCAGCCAUUAUAUUCUGAAGGCAGCGAUUGUGGCCUGGUCAUUGCCACUGAUUCCCACUCUGCUGGUGGCCCUAAUAGAUCCCGAUUCAUACCUGCCCUCUGCUGCCCAGCUCUCCACGGACACUGGAAUUUGCUAUCCCUCGGGAUAUGGCCUCACCUUCGGAGUAGUCCUGCCCGUGACACUCAUCACGGUGGCCAACCUGGUGAUCUUCGUGUACGUGUUCUACAGCAUCUCGCACUCCUUGAAUCAGAGCAUCCACAAAUCCGAGCGGAAGAUGGUGGUGAAGCAGAUCAAGCUCUCAAUCAUGCUGUUCUUCCUGCUGGGACUCACCUGGAUCUUUGGCAUCUUUGCCUUCAUGCAGGCGGGCGUGGCCUUCUCCUAUAUGUUCUGCAUCACGGCCACCAUGCAGGGAUUUGUAAUGUUUGUGUACUUUGUGCUCUUGGACGCGGCAAACCGACGGGCUUGGGCAAGUCUAAUCUGCCCCACAAGGAUGAAGAUGGAUGUACAGAAGCGCACCACCGAGCUGCAGUCGAUGACCACCUCGUCGACUAACUAUAACAGCAGAUCCCACCAGUAGUUUCAUCAAAUCGCAUAUUUUCAACGAACAAAUGGUCUUGCGCCAGUGUAUUUAUAUAUUUAUUUUACUUGCCAUUAUGUAUAGCUCUCUGUUUAUAAUUUCUGAGUAUACUUGAAUACUCAAACUGUUAAAUAAAAUAAGAAACUUAUUCACCAUUUUGUGAAAUGGA